GCGCAGUUCUAUGACGUCAUCACAAGAACUUCACUUCGGUGUGAGACCUGAGUCGAUUCCUGUUUUACCUUCACCCGUUUGUAGCAAAAUGGAAUUUUAGGGUACGUCUGGAGGAAGGACAACUCAAACAGGGAUUACUACAGAAUUUUUUUACAGCUGUUUAGGAUUGAAAGGAAAAUUUUAAAAUCAAGUUCCACAUUUCUGUACACUAAAAGGGAUUAUAUAAUCUAAAAUAAGCAACAAGUUUCCAGCAAGAAAGUAAAUUGAUGGAGAGUUGUCAUUAGCGAAAAAUCACAUUUUUUUUCAAGAAUAGUUUUCAUUGGUCUAUUUAAGUAACCUAUCAACAUGCCACUUUUUGGUACUCGAACAAAAAGCCCUCAGGAGCUAGUGCGCUCUUUGAAGGAGAAUUUAGCACAGCUUCAUGGCUUAAAGGAAAAGGAGUAUAAAAAGGUGAGUGAAGAGGUGUCCAAGACGCUUCAGUCUAUCAAGACCAUGUUGUAUGGGACAGUAGACCAGGAGCCAGCAACAGAACAGGUAGCCAUGCUGUCUACAGAGAUGUACCAGACCAAUACCCUACCUUUGCUUAUACAGAACCUGGCUCGGGUAGACUUUGAGGGUAGAAAAGAUGUGGUUGCCAUCUUCAAUAAUUUAUUACGUCGUCAGAUUGGAACUCGCACACCAACAGAGGAAUAUAUUAUCUUAAAUCAUAGUGUUUUGAUAGAGCUAGUGAAAGGUUAUGAGAAUCAAGAAAUUGCUCUGAACUGUGGGAUGAUGCUGCGUGAGUGUUGUCGAUUUGAGUCCCUUGCCAAGAUUUUGUUGAAUGCGCCUGAAUUCUACAAAUUCUUUGAAUAUGUGGAGGUGUCGACCUUUGAUAUUGCUUCUGAUGCUUUCUCAACUUUUAAGGAGCUCUUGACGAAGCACAAGAUGUUGUCAGCAGAGUUCCUUGAACACAACUAUGAUGAGGUUUUCUCUCACUACCAGUCACUUCUCAACUCUGAUAACUAUGUCACCCGUAGGCAGGCUCUGAAGCUGCUGGGUGAGCUGUUGUUGGAUCGCCACAACUUCAGCACGAUGAAUCGCUACAUCAGCAACCCUGAGAAUUUAAAGCUGAUGAUGAACAUGCUGAGGGAGAAGUCGCGAAACAUCCAGUUUGAGGCCUUUCAUGUGUUCAAGAUUUUUGUUGCUAAUCCAAACAAGCCAAGACCCAUCUUGGAUAUCUUGCUCCGUAACAAAGAGAAGCUGGUGGAUUUCUUAACCAGAUUCCAUACAGAGCGCUCGGAGGAUGAGCAGUUCAAUGAUGAGAAGAGCUAUCUUAUUAAGCAGAUCAAAGAACUGAGGGCCCCUGAAGAUGGGGAGUCUUAGCCGUGUCAUCCAUAAUAGUAGGACCAGAAUUAUCUAAAGAUAAUUGUCACUUUAUUUUGGUCAGUUUCUUUCUUUUUACUCGUGGCCGAUUGUUUAAUAUCUUUGUGUUAGUUGCAGUUGGAGUAUAAACAAGCUUCUAUUGUGGGAUAUCAUGGUAGAAGAAAUCAUGCUUAACAUUUUCUAAGUCACGCUAGUAAUCCAUUGUGUUUAUAGACAUUUGUGUUAUGACUUACAAAUGACUGACAUGUUUGGAAAGAAAUGAAAUAUGGUUAUACAUUUUUUUUCCAAUUUCUCAACAUGGGAGAAGAACUAAAAAAAGACUUAAAGAAAAUGCAUGUUUUUUUUUUCUAGCCAACUUGCAGCUUGCAUGUUUAACCAGGCUGGGGAGAAGAAUAAACAUUUUAUUACACUUGUACAAUUGUAAUUCGUUAACUGAAUUAUUUACUUAUGAUUGACUGCUUUUAAAAUGUAUCUAAAGUAAAGGAGGGAAAAUAUACACUUCUCUGUCAUAUGAGAAACUUAAACAAUCUUCCCUGAAACCAUUCAGACUUAUUUGAAUGAUAUAUAUAUAUAUAUAAAUAUUUAUAUAUAGCAAUUUUUUUUAAAAAUUCCAUAAUGUCAAGAAGUAACAAUUAAGGGCAUACAGUGGAUGUGGUAGGUAGAGCAAGAAUACACAGAUUUCAAAAAUUGUUUUAGAUGUAGGUUGUAUAUUAAAGACAUUUGUGUUCUCAAAUUUUGUUUGGACUUUAGACCCGAUACCUAGAGAAUUUUUCUGGCCAAAAUUUGAACCCACUAAUACUCAUGCAUAGGGAAAGGACUGUCUGGAGGACUUCAUUUAGCUUUAAUGAAAUUAUUUUUUGACAAAAUAAAGUUGUGUAACUAUACAAAGUGUGCCAAUUAUUGUGUGCUGAUUUGUAUUUAUUCAGACAAUUUUUUUUUCUUCGAUUAGCUUGGAAACAACUUGCUUUGUAUAGUGUUUGAAACUUUGUGAAAACUUUUACAUUCUUAAAGUAAUGCAAUAUUUUCAUUUUGUGUUGAUGUAUUUUGUAAAUCAUUUGAGUUCUCCCACCCUCACCCCUUCCCCUACCCCUAUUUUAGAAUUACUAUUUUCUCAAUGCUUGGGAAAGAAUUUUUAGAAAUCUAUUUUUAAAGCGAACGAGAUAAAAAGAACUUGACAAUAUAAUUUUCAAUUUUAGUCAUUUAUACCAGCAAACUAAAAAUAAUUUUUAAAAUGCUUUUUGGCAAAUUUCGUCUUUGACUUAGUUAUUUUAGCUGCCCUCCACAGAAUGAUAAAUGGUUGGCUUUCUCCAGCAGAAAAAUAAAUCAGAAACUGUUCCACAUUAUUCUCAUUGACUUUUUGUUGCUGUUUAAUGGUUGACCCGUGUGCACACCCAAUGUGUCAAUACAUUUGUGAUGCAUUCCUUAGAUAUAACUUCCAUUUUUAAUUAGAGUCCUUGUAACUUAAAGGGAAAUACCACUAAGUUUGAUUGUAUUGACAUACUAAUUAGGCAUCGCUCAUAUAUAUCUAUAUAUUUCCGAUUAAUGUUAUCAUAGCUUUAGUUAAUUAUUAGAUGCUAAACAUAUCAUGUUUAGGUUAAGCGGACAAGAUUUGGAUAGAAACGUAUUUGAGUUCCAUAGUGACUGCUGUAGUUUCGACUGCUCUUGAUUGAUAACUUGCUUCCCUGACAAAAGAAUCCAUUGAAUAUUUACUGAUUCUUUUCAACUAACUUAUUUGCUGGCUAUGAAUAAAGUAUUAAAUUUGCGGCAACCGUUUAAAAAUAAAAUUAAGCUUCAUGCAAAAAAAAAGAAUUCAAAUAGGAAAAAUAAUUUAUGUAAAUAUUGAAAUUGCAAUUGCCUGUUCAAAUUUUUGUUAGUUUUUUUCUGUUUCAAUAUUUGCUUUAGAUUGGUGGUGAGCAUAUCAUGCAACAUUAAUGAAAACCAUGAAAACUCUCCCGUAUAUUUUAAAUGUUCUUUUAAGUUGCUUUUUUCAUUCUUUAACCUGACAUCACUCAUCAUGUACCAGUAUUUUAUUUUCAUCUGUGUGCUGAUCUUAAAAAUAAAAAAAUAAUUAAUUAAAAUUAAUUAGUUAUAAUUUUAAAUACACUGAGAUGUAUAAAAAUUAAAGUAAAUUGUAAAAAAAAAUUGCAAUUUUGUCUUCCUUCUAAUAAUUUAUUAUCUAUGCAGGAAAGAUAAAUCUUAACAUUUUUUAAUCUAUUUGAGAUUAGUGGUUACUAAAAACUGACAUUUAAAAAAAAAAUUAACAGGGAGAGAUGUAACAGGGUAGAUAACUUGUACAGGGCAACAACCCUUUCCUAGGUAGCACAUCCCUUAUUUUUAAGUUCAACAAACUAUAUUAAUCUUACAGUGUAACCAUAUAAUGAUACAUAUAUUCUGUCAUCAUGUUUGUGUUAAUCAAAUGUUGAGAUUUAAAUUGCUUAACAUUAUUAGAGUAUUUUCUUUUAAUCAUUUUGGUGUCUUUAUUUUUGUAGUUAAAUUUGUAUUUUAAGAUUUCUGUAGUUCAAAGUGUUUUUUUUUAGUUGUUCAAGUUAAAUAUUUAUAUAUACACUCAUGCAUAUAGCUUUGAAUAAAGGAUUAUCAAAGCAUUAUCAAAUGCUUUUUUUCUUUUUGAGAAAUUAUGUAGAAUGUUUGUCUACUACAAUUGAUGUAUCAAAUUGUGAUGUAUGACUAUGUCCUAUGUUUUAAUAUAUUUUAACCAUCCACUGUAUCACCUUAGCUCUGUCAUUGUUAAAAAAUAUGAUUUAAAACAAAAUCACCUGUUGGAGUUGAGAUUUGUAUUGUGUACUGUUUUUUUUAAUAAUUUAAAUCAGAAGUGCCCCCCCCCUCCCACAUAAGUAACUACGUACUCCAUUAAUACUGUUAAAUAGUUGUGGCUAUAGCAUGUUGCAAAAACAUCUGUAACUUUGACCCAAACUUUGUCUUGAAGUUGAAAAAAAAACAAUCAUGCAGAUGCUUUUUUUAAAAUAACUUGUGAAAAUCUAUUCGAAUUCCAAAAUAAUUGUAUUUUCUAAAUUUUUUCUUUUGCAUCUGUAAGUUGGUUGGUUAGAAUAAUUUCAAAACUCACUUGAGCCUUUUCCUUUGCUAUCAGCUAAAACUCCUCAGCACGUUCUACACAAUUUUUGUAAUAAGGGCAUGUGCUACAAGAAAUGCUUUUUAAUUUUGUUUAAGCAGAAAUGUUUUUCUAAAUUAAAAUUCUAUGGCAACGACUACUGGAAAAUUUCUUUUUAAAAAAGAAAAUCAAAUUUGCUUUAGAAUAAAAAUUGUUCUGUUUGCUUUCACUUUGACUAGAGAGACCUUAGACAUCCAAUUGCUCAUUCAUAAUCUAGCUUUAUGAAACUCCAUUCUAUAUUUUAUAUAAUAUAUAAAUUAUAUGGAUAUAUUAUAUUUACUUAUGUGAUCAUUAUAUACUGCAUAUUACUCUGAUUAAAGAUUUUGGGUUUAUGCACAAAAAUAACAUUGUAUGUCAUGUUUUAAAAUGCAGUUUUUCAAUAAAUACACAUCAUACAAUUAGAGUUUGUAGUUAAUGAAAGUAUAACACAUAACCAAAAUAUUAUUGUGUUGUUUUCACACUAGGCUUAACCCAUCUAACCUACUUACCAACUCCAGUUUAAGGAGGGUUUUUAUCCAAUAAAUAGUCUCAUCACUUUCAAAAAUUAAAGCAAAACCCUUUAUUAGCACUUUUCACAUCAUUUCACCAAAUUCAGAGCACUCUUAUUGAACAUUUUAUCUUUAAACAUAGUACAGUCAAACCAUUGAAUAGUAUUCUAUAUUCCAUUCUACACAAGUCUGAAAAGAAGAUACAUAGGUUUGUUUGUUGUUUUUUUUUAAAUUAACUAUAAAAAAAUGCAUUGAAACCUGCAGUUCAGUAUACCAAAUAAUGGUAUCUAAUUAGAUAUUUUCACUAUCAGAUGUAUCAAAAUAAAAAUCCAAUUUUUUCCAUAUCUGAAUGACAUACACAUGUUUUGAAAUAAUCCGUAAUAAUCCGUAAAUAAAUUAACAUUGUGUUCUCUUAAUUACAAUUUGUGCUAAUUAUUUUUGAAUGAGUUGGGCCCAUUAUUUAUUUUAAAAUUUUCAUCGUGUAGGCAAAAUAUUAGGGUGGAGAGAAGAGGGUAUCCCCAUAGUAUCACAUUUGAAGCCAGUUAACUAUUCAUAUGGUGAUGCUUUCAAAAUUAAGCUUCAAUUUUUUCUCCUAAAUAAUGCAAAAAAGAACAUUUGGGAAAUUUUUGAUAAAGUUGUGUGUACAUAGCUUAGCAUUUUUAAAAACUAUUUUUGUUUUAAUGUAACGAGAUUCAGAUUUGAAUAUGUAUGUUUCUUAUGUUCUUGUUACUAGGGACUUCAAAUGCCUUUUUAACUUGUAGUUGUACACUUUGUAAUUCAUUCUUAUACCUCUACUAACCUAGUCGCACGAUAGUCAGAGAUACUUUUAAAAUGGUUAGUUAACCACAUUUGGAAUUAAAAAUUUAAUUUCAUUGCGCAAAAAUCAAGUUUUCUUAAAGGAUAUUUGAAAUCCAUGAGACAGGUGGCAUCUUCUGAUUGUUUUAGUCUUGAUAAUUCAAUUUUGGAGAUAAAUACACUCUAUAGAAUCUCAUAUAGUGUUUUAAAAUGUGCUUUCUUGCAAGGAAUUAAAGAUAUUGUUAUCUUUAA